AUGACCUUUGUAAGGAGUGGCUCGGUUGUGACGGCGAUCCUUGCCGAAGUCAAGCCCCACAUUGCCAAAAUGAAGGGUGCCCGUUCCCAGUUGCAGAAGUCCAUCGAUGCAGCAAAGGUUGGCAGCAUUGGAACCCUUCUUGAAGAUGCAGAAGCGGCUGAUGUGGCAGUGGCUGCUUUCAACACUUUUAUGGUCUGGCUGACCCUGGUGUUCCACACACCCUUCAGGGACACAUUGAUGAUGAAACUGGGGACGCUUCUCAUCCUGAUGUGCGACGACUUGGGAAGACCUCUAGCACUGCUCGAAAUGAUUCACGGGAUUUUUGGUCCUUUGCUCAACCUUCGCAUGUUCAAGCACCCGUCGCUGCUGAAAUGGUGCACAAUGCACACGAUAAAUCUUGGGUUAUUGUUCACAGCGAACGGUGGGAGUUUGAUUUUGCUGACAGAAGAGCUCCAAUACUUUGGGCCUGGGGAAUUCAGUGUCCAGUUGGAGGAAGCCUAUAGGCAUUUUCUCGAUUUCUGCCGAACCCGCCGCAUUCCGCACACCCAACCACCCUUCCUUCGCAAAAUGGUAAAGACGAAGAACGGUGAGAUCCUAAUGACUGCAAAGGCAUACAAUGGCCGGAUCAUUCUCAUGUGGCUUAACCACUGCUUGCUGGAUGCCGUGCAACAUCAUGCCGACCAUCAAAUCCUCUUGAUGACGAGUGUGGCAAUGUUUUUUGGUUGA